UGGAAGGGGCGUGGUUACGGGGGAGCGCGUCCGGGCGCGUGUGUCCGGGACGCGCUAGUCAGCAUCCCAGAAUCCUCAGAGAUGUUCAUACUUUCUACCUCUCUCACACGCCAUUUCCAACCAUUUCCUGUCGUUUAGUGCGCGUUGUGCGUCUUUCCCAGCCGAAGCAUCCUCGUGCGAUGGUCCUGGCGCAAGCAACGCUGUAAAACACCGGAAAUACACUAAGCUGGGUCUUGGUAACCCGUGGAUGAGUAUUGUGUACUGUGAUAUAAACUGUAAAUUGGGGAAAAUGCGUGCAUAGAGAAGGACGUGAUAACUGAGGGAGAAGGAGAGGAGUGGAUAGAGGAGGUAGAAAUAGUGAUGGAAGUGUUGAUAAUGAAGAGAGGUGUGGAGCAGUGUUGACAAGUGCAGGUGUAACAGAGGAAGUGCCACCCACACGCCCACACGCCCCUCAGACUCGCCAUGAAGGAAUACCAGGAGGUGUGGCUGGACUUGGAGUCAGUCUUGCUUGGUGAUACGCAACAGGACUUGUAUCAGCCGCCCACGGAUGCCCAUGCCCACCACCUCGCCUCCCCGGACGCCCACGGCCACCACCUAGCCUCCCUUGAGGCCCACGCCCACCCUCUUGCCUCUCAGGACGCCCACGCUUCCCACACCCCUAUCACCAACAGCUCUGCUGUUGUCCUGCCCACCCACACCGAGGAGGUGGGCGGUGGGCGGUGUUUGCCGCCCAUGACGGCGUUGAGCGGCCACCCAUCACACCCUCAACACCCCCUACCCUCCUUCUACCCGCCCACCCAUCACCCACACCUCUCCAGGGGUACAACCAUGCCGCCCAUGGCGGAGCUGGUGGAGGUGUCAUUACCCCUGGCAGCCCACACAGCCGCCCUGCCGCCCACACCUCCACACCAGGACCCACACUACGCCCACCCAGGCUACGACCCGACCACCGCUUCCUCGUGUCGUGUCAAGGCUGAAGUGGCAGAUUUGACACAGGGUGUCAGUCGUACUGGUGUCAAAAGGACCUCCCCUGAGGGACUGACCUCCCCUGCCAAGUACCCCUGUGUUACCUACCGCAGGGACGAGCCUUAUUCCACUUCAGGGCCUUUAUUACCACGUAGGGACGACCCUUACUCAACUUCAGGGCCUUCAAUGCCACGUAGGGACGACCCUUAUUCCACUUCAGGGCCUUCAGUACAACGCAGGGACGACCCUUACUCCACUUCAGGGCCUUCAGUACAACGCAGAGACGACCCUUACUCCACUUCAGGGCCUUCAAUACCACGCAGGGAGGACCCUUAUUCCACUUCAGGUCCCCCACCGCCCCUCCAGUACAUGGGAGCUGCGACGACCCUCCCACAGCAGCAAUCACAGGGAUCAGCCCCCCAAUACGUGCUACCACCUACCCCACCUCAAUACCCUACUGGACCCCACUCCAUACACCAGCAACCUCACCCCUCUACCCACCACUCCGAAUACCCUCUCCCCUCCACCGCUUCCUGGGCACCCCCACACACCACCUACGGCCAGUACCUGGAUUUCAACACCUCUACAUCAACCAUGACAUCAAAUGGGAUUAUCCCCCCUGUAGAGAUUCCAGCACCUCCAGCCAAGCCUCGUAGAAGGCGGGCACGUAGGAAAGUCAUUAUCCACAACUGUCCCUACGAAGGAUGCGCCAAAACCUACAUUAAGUCUUCCCACUUGAAGGCCCACUUAAGGACUCACACUGGGGAGAAACCCUACACUUGUAAGUGGAAGGGAUGUGGGUGGAAGUUUGCCAGAUCUGACGAACUAACGAGACACUACCGUAAACAUACUGGUGAUAGACCCUUCCAGUGUAGACUGUGUGAGAGAGCUUUCUCCAGGUCUGACCAUCUCAGUCUUCACAUGAAGCGUCACAUUGCUCUCUGAACUGACUGUCUGGGGCUUGCAGUGAAGAUCAACCGAAUUGUUGGGCCUGCGGUGACCGUCUGGGGGUCUGCACUGACUGUCUGGGGGUCUGCACUGACUGUCAUCUGAAUAUGUUGGGCCUGGAGUAACUGUCAACUGAAUGUCUUGGGCCUGCAGUAAUUGUCAGCUGAAUGUGUUGGACUUGCACUGACUGUCACCUGAGUGUUUUGGACCUGGCCUGACUGUCAGCUGAGUGUAAUGGACCAGGUGCAACUUCGAUCUGUUACAAACGUCAGUGGCAUUUUAAUGCAAGUUUGAAGUGUUCAAAAUGGUGAGAUGAACGAAUGAGGAACAGUGUCAAGUAUUUGACUCACAAUGGAACAAUAUCAGUGAUCAUAUUUAUUAUUAUUAUUAAAGAUUCACCGGUAUUCUCCCGGCCUGGGCCUUUUCCAAGUGGUGGCCCGGCCUUGGCUCCCUCUUUAGGGGGUGUCUGAGACCUAAGUCUCCCAUGGGAGGAGGCACAAGUACCUCCUCAUCUUUGGGACCAAUUGUCCCCAGGCCUAGCCACACGCUAGGCCUCUCUGGUCUGCCAUCCCCGCCACAAGGGGGCAAAUGGGAAUGACAGUCUUAUGAGCUAAAGGCUCGGGCUCAGGCACCUACCCUACCCUAGAAGGGCUGGGCAUGGUGUCGAUGUGUGGUCAUGUUUCAGUGGAACAGUGUUAAUGUUCUUCACAAUGGAACAGUUUAAGUGCAAGACACUCAGUGGAACAAGGGCUCUUGAUCUUAGAAAUUAGACCUUUCUUUCUCUUCUCUUGGAUUAAACCUGAUUACUUUACAUGCCCCCAGGUGCUGUAUGACCCCUAACGGUUUACCACUUCCUUCUGAUUAUAACAGAAAAAUAAAUUACAUAAAAUUCGUAGCUCAUGAAGACAGAUGAUAAUGCCUUACAACGUAUUCUUAAAAAUACUUAAGUUACCCAUUUUUGAUUAGAGGAAAUAAUUUUUUUUAGCCUACCAUUAAAUAUUGACAGUAUAAAUUUAAUGUGUGAAGAGUUAAACCUUCACGGGUCAUCCAGCGGAUGGAUAGGUGAAGGCUCGAUAAUCAGUCCUAUUAUCAACGAGGUAAACUACUCUCCAAAACAAUUUUUUUUUCUGAGAAAAAAUUGCAAAUUUAAAAUCAUCAUUCAAAAAGAAUAUUUGAAAGCAAAAAUAUUUGACCAUUUUCUUGUAUUUACAAACAUGUUUUAUGUAAAGAAAUUUUUGUGGACUCGAAUAAAAUCCGAUACUUCUGUCUUAUUUUUUCUACUGUCAUUAUUUUAAAAAAU